CGGCAAGUCCGAGGCUGCGCUGGACGCCGCUCAGUCACAGUAUAGUCUUGCGCUACGUGCUAAAUAAGUGUGAGUUCUUCCAGAUGAAAGAAUAGAAUGCGUUUAUUGCGCCAUAAGACUAAAUUUCUUGUUUCUGGAGGUUGGUUUUUGCAUUUCGAGAAAAAUACCAGGCGGGCGUUGUUGUAGCCGUAAUAUCAAAGGACAGUUCUUUCGAAAUAAAAACAGGUACACGGCGGGAGACAGCAAUAGGUCACGCGAUUUGCAGAGCAAAUAUGAGGAACUAGCGGAGAUAUUUUCCUGAAAUUCUGAGGCCAAGAUGGCAACUUUAUCGGUCUCAUUUUGGAAUUGAUCUCUGGCGGUGGACUCUGCAUGUUGAAAUCAAAUGGAUCUCUUGCCUGUUGAUAUAUCGCUACAUGAGUCUAAAUAAAUGCGUGUCACACGACGACUGCUGCGUCACGCUGCAGCCGUGUGGUAAAGGCAAGCACCUUAGAAGUUUGUAGGAAACGACCACCUUGUAUGCUCUGUUGACUCAGAAUUUUUCGUGUUCGAUAGUGCUACACCAAGGCCUUGACGGAGCGAAAAACGGAACUGCAGAAAGAAAUCGCGACGCUAAAGAAGACCGGAGGACCGAAGAAAGGGUAAGUACUUUAAUUACUUACUCUCUGUACUUUCCAACAAUUCUACCUUACUAAUAAGUAAUUGGGAUUAUAGACGAACGUAGUCAUUCGUUGCAUGGGUCGUGCAGACUGCAAAAAAUAAUGAAAAUGAAAAACCGAAACAAGGUACCAAUUUAUGCACCUCAUCGUGAUCACCAUUGUCGUGAUUGCUUUGCUGCAGUUCUACUAUCCUAUUGACAAUCGUUCGAAGUAGAGGUGAAGUCUGGCUCUGCUACUCGCUGCUGCCCCUCCAGGAGGGAAGAUGAUGAAAAAUUGUUAUUGACUGGGACAACUUUCAAACUAUGUUUGUACUUGCAGCAGCUAGUACAAGUAAUGCCGACGUCCUCGUCUCCGUUUAUUUUCCCCCAGCAUAAUACCGAGAAGAUGCAGACGCCACCACCGCCUCCACCUAAGCUGACGGUGAAGUAGCAGGCCGCACUUUAAUGUAAAAAUGCGGAUGUAGUUGCGCGUGCCGGAUCGACGCUUCUUCACCAAUAAAGCUGGAAGCAUGGCGCGAACAAGACGAUUUUUUCACAAAAAAAUAGUACGUUUUAUCAUUGGACUGAGUACACCAGGUACACGACCUGGCGUUGUGGUAAAUGAUUACCGCAACUUGGACAGCCUAUUUAUUAUUGGUACAGCAAGAACACGAACAAAGUUUUGGUGACUGCUCAAGUAGAGGACUAGGGCAUCGUGCCUAGUCUUGUUACAUUGUUUCCACAUUGUUGCCACACAGCCACUUGAAAUAUACUUCUGUUCACAAACAAGCCAAGGAGCCCGCUGUUCCUCCACAGCAGAGGCCGAAAAGAAGGGCCAGACGAGGGGGAGUGCUAUGGUAUUCCAAAAAAUUUACUUUUUGCGAAAAAAAUCAAUCUGUUUGACUUCACACUUUUUACUUUCAUCUUCCUGCCUCCGCCCCGGUUCCUUCGCCAGCGUCGAAAAGGGUUUAGAAGGGUUGAACGGGUUUAUGGUUUUAGGGUUCUAUUUUGAUUUUACUUUCGUCGUGACGAUUUGAGCUUUCACGAUCCGGACAAGCUUGUUUGGG